CUGCCAUCUGUCACUUUCCUGCGGAAUAAACAGUACGGACGGAUCGCUUAUUUAUUUUGUUUUAAAUAAUAAUGGACAUUGAUGAAAUUUGUCGGUUAUGUUGUUCAACGAAGUUUGUCAACAAUGAUAUUUUUGAUGAAGAAAAUGCGUUAUAUAUAAAAUUAUCACUAUACUUGCCAAUAAAGGUUUUCAGAAACGACAAGCUUCCUCAGAAGGUCUGCGAUAAAUGUAGCUGCAAAGUGAACGACUUUUAUCAGUUUUGUAACGAAACCAUUGAAGUACAAAACAGGUUGCGGAGUUUAUUUUUGCCGUCUGAAGCAGGUUCUGUGGACCUCACACUAGUAAAAGACAGCAGAUCGCCGCCGCCUCCUGCCGCAGCAGAGCAUUGUGAGAGAAGUACCCAGACAGACAACACAGAUGCAAGCUCUGACUGCAAUGUUGCUGUUCAGGUCAAAGAUGAACCAAAGCCACUAUCACCUGUCAAACAAGAAGAAGAUGAUUAUUAUAACAUAGAGUCGGAUCCAUACGGGGGAGGCUCCUCCGGGAGUGAGGAUAUCUCAUUAAUUAAAUUAAAAACAAAAAAGACUACCCAGAAAAGAGGUAGAAAAAAGAAGACAAAUGAUAUCAAAGAUUGGGGGGAACUGAUGAACUACCUGCCUGAUGGUGCGCUAGCAGUAGUCAGUAAGGAGGAGGUGGACAUGCCACUGGCCACCAUCAAGGAGGAGGUGCUGGACAAGGACCGGCAGGGGAAGGAGAUGGAUCUGUACAACUGCUGCAUUUGUUUUGCUCAGUGUUUCAGUAGGUCGGAGAUGAUGAAGCACUACAGACAGCACGGCGCGGAGGUGUCGGCGGUGGAGGCGCCGCAGCCGCCGCCCGCGCCCGAGCUCGAGCCGCUGCGCUGCACCCGCUGCAGGAAGGUGGUGGUCCGCGCGGAGUGGGGCAAGCACUGGCAGCGGCACUGGGAGCGCGACCGCCGCCCCUACCGCUGCAAGCUCUGCGAGAAGACGUUCCGCGACCCGCACCAGAUACUCAAACACGGAGAGACGCACAACUACGAGGCGGGCGCGUCGGCCGAGCCCGCCGACAAGCGGUUCCUGUGCGACCUCUGUCCGGAGGCAUUCGUGCACAUGCGCUACCUACUGUCGCACCGUACCCGCGCGCACCCCGAGGCGGCGGGGCGCGCGGUGGCGCUGCGCUGCAGUGUGUGCGCGCGCCACUUCGCGCACAUCAACUCGCUGCGGCGCCACCUGCGCUCCCACUCGGGGGAGCGCAACUUCCUCUGCAACGUCUGCGGCAAGGCGCUGUCCUCGCGCGAGCACCUCAAGUUCCACAUCCGCAUACACACCGGCUACAAGCCCAACGUCUGCAAGACGUGCGGGAAGGGGUUCGUGAAGAAGUGCAACCUGACGCUGCACGAGCGCGUGCACUCCGGGGAGAAGCCGCACGUGUGCUCGCACUGCGGGAAGGCCUUCAGCCAGCGCUCUACCCUCGUCAUACACGAGCGGUACCACAGCGGCGCGCGGCCGUACGUGUGCGCGCUGUGCGGGCGCGGGUUCGUGGCCAAGGGGCUGCUGUCCAUGCAUCUCAAGACCACCUGCAUAUAGCGCCUGCACGCCUGGUCGGCCCCCCGCCCGCCAGUGUACUGAGCGCCCAGUAUUACAGCCACCGCCCCGCGUCGCGUGAUCUCCACCACAUUACUUAUACUUUACUCUACAAGCGCAAAUUAUUUUGUAUCGGGUUGUCUAUAUUUGAGCAAAUUGUUUUUAUUCACUGGGAGUUUGUGAGAUAAGUACUGUAUCAGUAUGGAUGUGUAUCAGUAAUUCGCGAGAUGUCAUCGCUGGGGGCGCGGGGUCGCCAUAACGCGCGGAAUGUUCCACUCACCGCCGGGACUCCGCCACCGGCGGCGCCACUGUCGCACAAGCUGACACCCCACUCCCGUGGUGGGCAUGGUGAUAUACCAUUAUACAUAUAGUUAGUGUAAAGUAAUGGUUUGUGUUUGUUUACUACGUGUUUACGAAGCCGUACUUAAUGACGAUAGAAACAAUGAAGGCGAUAACUGCGACUGUAAAUAUUUUCAUCACACAAAUAUAUUUUGUUAUCUUCACGGAAACAUGUUUAGUUAAUGCAUGCGAUGCGGAUCAACUCGCAGUUACUAACUUACUACAGGUAAAAGCAAUGUUCUAUGCGACAAAUAAUGGCCUAGUACUACAGACACCCACUGGGUGGGACGGGGGACCGUGGGCGCGAUAGCAAGGAUCAUCAAAUAUUAUCACUUGUGUAUAAAUGUAAUUUGCAUAAUUUUAAGACUCAACAGUCCUCACUAAUGAUAAGUAGUGUAAUUAUAUUUUGAUAACGACUCGGUUGAGACGUACCUACUUACCGGUGCAAUACAACGCGCCUAGGUAUAUAUGUAUCUAUGUAACGUCUUACUGUAGCAACCGGCGACCUUUGGCGAGUCAAUUCUACUGGGUAGUAGUUACUAAUAGUAUAAACUAAUAGAUAAAUAUAUGGGUGUUGUUCCUCGAGUCCGCGCCGUCCGGUCCCGGCUGCUACAGUACGGCCGGCGCGGUGUAUCGCGGGGACUACACUGACUACAUCAGGGGUUCCCAACCUUUUCAUUGGUCAAAGACCAUUAUUAUUAUUUUGGUCUCACACUAAGAUUUUAUCCAGACUCAUAGGAUUCGUUCUCAUAAAAUAGUAACUUUUGAAACUACUGCUCCUCUCAGUUGUCUCCUUCGACAUAUGUUUAAUUCUUGCUUUAUCCGUGCUAUUUAUUCGACAAAGGUGUUGUCUAAUGAAUUCUUUUUUUAUUUUCACGGACCAUAUGUAGUGUUUUGUGUUCUGCGGACCAAUGGUGCUCCACGGACCACCGGUUGGGAACUAAUGCUGUAACAAUAACUAUGUACCGUAGUGUACAGUGUACAGUGUAGUCCCCGCCUAGGCUGGGAGUGCGGAGUACGGAGUAUGGAGUAGCGACAAGUGCCUGCCCUUGUGAUAUGUAGCGGAGUGAGGGACGCGGCGCUCUCUGCAGGGCCAGUCUCUAGUUCCAACGUAAGAUAAUAUACACUUCAGGAGAUAACCAAUUAUUCCUAAUUUAUGUCCACACAAAGUACUAAAUAUUACUUUACUUAGUAUUAACAGAAUGACUUCCAAUGUUAUAUUUUUGUAAUUAUUGAUAAUAAACUGCAUUUAAUAUAGUUUGUUGAGAUGUUGUGUUUGUUCUCUGGUGCUGGAGCUGCGGCCACUGUCCGGCGUUGUAUUGUGGACAGCCUGUAGGGAAACAUAUUUUCUGAUUGGAUUAUGCUUUAAAACCAAAAUAAAAUAGUUAAAAAUUUGUACAUGUUUGUGCAUAAGAUGUGCAGCGACGGGUCGCUAGAUGUCGCUGGUCGCUCACUUGUGUCUUGUAGUAUUUGGUUAGUUGUUCACACAGCUCAGAGUCGGGCGGAUUGCGGCGCAGCUCCUGUUAUCAAUUAAUUCCUUGUAAUUAUGCUCAGCAUCGAAUGGAAAUGUUAGCGCAACACAAUAACGUAAUAAAUAAUAAAAUGUAUUGUUUGUGACUCGAUGACUCGACAAACUAUGUGUUGAUGUUAAGAUAACAGAACAUGGAGUUAUUAACUAA